AUGAUUACUCUCAACCUCAUCUUCCUUUUCUCCUUCCUCUCCCUCGUAUCCGCUCACUUCUCCCUCGAGUAUCCCCCUUCGCGCGGCAAUUCCUUCCUCCCACCUGCCUCCCAAUGGAUCUAUCCAUGUGCAAACAUAAACACCACCGAGAACCGCACUCUGUAUCCCACUAGUUCCUUCCCCAUUGGCCUCAACUUACACCAUCACUGGACAUAUAUAUUCGUAAAUCUCGCACUCGGCACAAAUGGCUCCUCCAACUUCAACAUCUCGCUUACUCCUGCACCACUAAAUGCCACUGGAUCAGGACACCUCUGUCUCUCCGACUUCGAUUUACCUUCUGAAAUUAAAAUCGAAGAUGGAUUGAAUGCCUCAAUUCAGGUAGUUACUGUUGGAGAAAGUGGUAGUGCGCUUUAUAAUUGCGCAGAUAUAACCUUCUCCAGUAACACCACCACCCUCCACACUUCAGACAACUCAACUCAAUGUCCCACCAGCCCCGGUAUCACCGUCACCAAACUUACCGACAAACCAAACGGUACCUGCGAGUCUAGUUCCACAAGUACAACUUCUAGUCUUUCUAGUUCUAGCACUUCGAGUGGAACCAAGAAUGCUGGUAUUUGUUUAAGCGCUACUGUGGUAUUAAUGAGUGCAUUGGGCAUUGCUGGAAUUUUGAUUAUUUAG